AUGACAACUGAGGAUACUUUGACCAAACCUCUGAAUGAAACUCAUAGUCCAGAUGAACGAGGUCUCCGAAUCUUUGAGCACGUUUCUUCAAAAAUCAAACGCGAAUUGAUCAGGCUACGGCGUCAUUGGGAUAACCACGAGGUAGCCUUAGGUUCCUUAUGUCGACUUCAUUCCAGACCCAUUCCUCGAAUGUUCGCUAGGUCUCAAGGAAUCUCGGAUCAUGACUUGACGGAUUUUAGCAUCAAGCACGAUUUGACCUCAAUUAGAUCGGGGCAGACUAGCUAUGGAACCGUGGUGUUUGGGAAGAUCAGAAUCCCAGCUGUGAAGGAUGAAGAUGGGUUUGGAUUCAUUCAUGUUAGGUUGCACGAUCCACCUGGCAAUGAGAUGUCAGACGUGAUUUUACACGCUAUAUUGACAGAGGAGGUGAAAGAGAACGGAUCAAUAGUUGAUUAUCGAGCAAUCAUGCGUCAAGAAGACCCUUUGACUUGGUUUGAUGAAUAG